GUCGCAGUCACCAAACUGUCACAUUUGUCUUGUUAUCUAUUUUGUUAAUUUUUAUAAAAACGUUUUGGCUUGUAGUAUAUCGCAUCACUAUUCCAAAUGUGUGUGUUUUGUAUGUUUUUUGUUCUUAUCUCAGGGCUCUAGUUUACUUAUUGAUACAAAAUAAUGUAUACGUUCCGUACUAUCGAAAUAGUUGUUAAAUCGGUAUUAAGAAAAGUCGGAAAUGGCCUUUAACGUUCGAAAGUUUUUUUAUAAGUAUGCUAAGUGGUUAGGAGCUACGGUUUUAACUACAUUUUUCAUUCAAAUUUUAAUUUCAAUCACCCUGUUUCCAACAGUUAACGACAAUUUAUUAAAAAAGUUUGGCCAUACUUCAUUAGAGCGCCAUGAAUUUGGCGAUGUAUCGGCUAGGAAAAUAAAUAAUGCAUAUUCUGAUGAUGAAGAUUUAUCUUCUAAAACUUUGUCUCAAAUUAAGUCUGCUGUGCAUUUGCGAAUUGAAGAAUUAGAUUUUAAGCCUCUAUGUGACAUCAAAAGCAGGGAAGCUGUUUCUGCUAUACAUCGAGCUAAAACUCAAAGUUGUAAACAAGAAAUUGUUAAUAAGACUUGUCUAAUACAAAAUGGAAAUUUUUAUUCAAUAAAAUUGCCCAACAAAUGUCCCUCAAAGGGAAUGAGUUAUGGAAAAUACUAUGGAUGUUAUUUAGAUGAAAAGAAAUUAAGAAUAUUGUCGAGUUUCUAUGGAAGUUAUGCUACAACAAAUACACCUGAAUUUUGUUUAGAUAUAUGCAUUCAAGCUGGGUUCCCUUAUGCUGGUGUACAAUAUGCUUCAGAAUGUUUUUGUGGUGAUGUUCCUCCUCCCGAAUCUGCCAAAACAACUGAAGCAUCAUGUGAUAUGAAGUGUCCUGGAAAUUCUACCAAGAUUUGUGGCGGAUAUUUUACAAUGAAUAUAUAUGAAACUGGAUUAACAAAAUUUGUACCUGUUACUCCAAAACUAUCAAGUAAUGAAAAGGAUUCAGUUCGUAUUGUAUUCCUUUUGACGUUAAAUGGACGCGCAUUAAGACAAGUUCACAGACUGAUAAAUGUACUCUAUAGAAGUCAUCAUUAUUUUUAUAUACAUGUGGAUAAAAGACAAGAUUACAUGCAUCGCAAAUUAUCUACACUAGAGAAAGAAUUUCCAAAUGUAAGGUUGGCGCCAAAUCGUUACGCCACUAUUUGGGGGGGAGCGUCUUUGUUGAAGAUGCUACUUUCUUCAAUGAAGGAUUUCAUGUCAUUAGGUUGGCAGUGGGAUUAUGUUAUUAAUUUGAGUGAAAGUGAUUUCCCUAUUAAAUCUCUGGAAGAAUUGGAAACAUUUCUGUCAGUUAAUAAAGGAUUAAAUUUUGUUAAAUCACAUGGUCGUGAAGUACAAAGAUUUAUUAAAAAGCAAGGCUUGGAUAAAACUUUUAUUGAAUGUGAAACUCACAUGUGGCGCGUUGGCGAAAGGAAAUUGCCACAAGGAAUCAUUGUAGACGGUGGCAGUGAUUGGAUAGCUCUUUCACCUGAAUUUGUUUCAUAUGUAGUUGGGAAACAAGAUGAAUUAUUGAAUGGUUUAGACAUUAUUUUUCAACACACCCUAUUACCCGCAGAAUCGUUUUUUCACACUGUCUUAAGGAAUUCAGAAUUUUGCAACACAUAUGUGGACAAUAAUCUUCAUGUUACAAACUGGAAAAGAAAAUUAGGUUGUAAAUGUCAAUACAAACAUGUCGUGGAUUGGUGUGGGUGUUCGCCGAAUGAUUUCAGGACUGAAGAUUGGCCAAGAAUACAAAAUACACUCAAUCGACAAUUAUUUUUUGCUCGUAAAUUUGAGCCUGUUAUAAACCAAGAAGUUAUAACAAGAGUUGAACAAUUAAUAGGAUUUACAGACCAUUACCGCAUCCACAAUCUAGAAGGAUAUUGGCAAAAUAUUUAUGACAUUAAGGACUUGCCCGCUGGUACUGACGAUACUCUAUUGUCUCACGCGGGAAGCAUUCUACGCCAAAAUGCCAAGAUCUUAUUACAAGAAGAAUGUUCUAUAGAACUUGGUGAAGUUCAUGAAAUAAAUUUGUAUAAAUAUGCAGAUGUUUACAAAGGUAACUUAAUUUUAUACAAAGCUUUAAUUCAGAAUGAACAUGAAGUAUUUGUUGAAACCUGGUAUAAACCAAAAUAUUAUUUAGAAAUCAAUUCUAAAAGUCAAUAUAGUGAUAUUGUUAAAAUAUUUAAAGUUAGUUCAGAUUAUGAUCAAAAAGAAAUGACUUUUAGAAAUUUCGGUAGUAUUUUAGGGCCCCUGUCUGAACCAGUUUUGAUAUAUCAAUUCUCCCAGACUGAAAAACUUAACGAGAACUUAACUGUUGUAUUGCUGGAUCCGGCAGGUGUUAUAGCCGAUGUAAAUACAAUUUAUAGAGAAGAAAACAAUUUAACAAAUUUCAUCAAAUGGAAUGUGAAGAGUCCGCUUUUGCCAGGUGUGUGGAAAGUGGCUUUACUAGAACAAAACUAUGUUCUGAUAGCUGUCACAAAAUUCCUUGUAACUCCAUUAGAAUAUUUCUCAGGUAAAGAAAUGUCACAUCAAGAAACAAGUUUAAUUCAUAGUGGAUCAAUGAAUUCAUAUAAGAAUUAUUCCCAUAUAAAAGACAUUGAUUUAUUUCCAAGUGCAAAGGAUAGUUUAUUACUUCAAGAACUUGCAUUUUCAAAUGUCAAAAGAAUUGGACAUGAUCUAAGAGAGUGGAUUGAUAGUUUGAAUGUUGUAUUUUAUGAUAUAUUAGGAUCGUGUAUAAGUAGUGACAAUAUUAAAAUUAAACAAAUAUGUGGGAAACAUAAAUUUCGGGAUUGUAUUUCAAGUGACUGGAGUUCUUUAUCAGCAGACCCUAAAGGGACCAUUGGUAAAUUAAACGUGAGGAGUGGUCGCUUAGAAAGAAUAUGACAACAUAUCAUUGGUUAAACAUUAUAUAUGGUUAAUAUUUGACUGAUUA